AUGAAGUUAGAAUCAUUAGCUAAUGAACUUAUACUCGAACUAUUCGAGUUUUUCAAUGCUAUUCAACUCCUUCGUGCAUUUCAUGGUCUGAACUUUCGCUUUGAUACACUUCUCGAUGUACAUUUUCGAGAUUAUAGUCUUGAUUUUCGAUCUGUCUCCAAACGUGACUUUGACCUAUUCUGUCAACAACAGCUUCCAUCACUCAUCGAUCGAGUUACUUCAAUUUGUCUAUCAGAUGAUGAUGAAACUCCAAAUAUAUCCAACCAUUUCCUGUCUUACAGUUUAACGAUGAACAUGUUCACUAAUUUACGUUCACUUGCACUUUAUGGCCUUCCUUAUAUAGUUAUUGUACAAAAGUUCAUAUUGGAUUGUCGUAAUCUUCCAUGUUUUACUCAUUUGAAAGUGACCGAAUGUCGUUUUGAAGUUCACGCGGCAUUUAUUUAUUUCAUCAACAAUGUAUGGCAUCUAACCAAACUUACUCAUUGUCAUGUUGAAAACAUUUUCGAACCUAAUAUUCGUCUUGUCGCACCAAAAGUGCCCUCGUUAUCGAUCAAGCAUCUUUCAAUCAUGAUUACAACAUGUCAAUUGAAUGCGUUAGCUCAUUUACUCGAAAAAACACCUAAUCUUCGACGACUUAAUGUCAAUAUUACGUCUAAUGGUAACGGUGAUGAUGAUAAACAAAUGCAAGUGGUUCAUUCAACGAUCACUACCCUGACACUCUUGUUUCAUCCUUCGAUAGAAAAAAUGCAAAAUUUAUUUCGAAUAGUGCCCAAUUUAUUUCAUUUAACAAUCAAUACAACGAGCAUUUACUUGAAUGGACAUCAAUGGAAACAGAUCAUUGUCAAUCAACUUCGAAAGCUAAAAAUCUUUCGAUUUCAAAUGACAUUUUCUUUUCCUGACAACAAUACCAACAACAACAAUAUAGAAGAACAAAUAGAUCUACUACUGGAUACAUUUCGAACUCCCUUUUGGCUCAAUGAACAUGGCUGGUUUGUUCGAUGUGAUUGGAAUGCACAAACCAUUGAUAAUAUAUCUCUCUAUACUGUACCUUAUGCUUUUGAUGUACUCUCUAUUCAUCAUUCUAAACGAUCAAAAUGGACUUGUCCAAAUGAUAACAACUAUUGGUCUUAUAAUUAUGUGAAGAACUUUUGGUAUGAAAAUGAUUUAUUUCAAGAUUUGAAUCUCUUUCCUGCCCAUUUCCCCAAUAUUCACCAUUUACGAUUACGACUUCCCGUUAACAAUAAUUUCUGGUUUGUCAUUCCUACAUUGCGUAAACUAAUUUCACUCAAUCUUUCAUUGCGUCAAAGUCGGACUAUAACUCAAAUAAAUGCUUUAUUUGAUCUAAUACCUAAUGUUUAUUCAUUGACUAUUGAGCCGUCAUUAUUUUCACGAAUAGCAACAUUAAAAACAAUCAAUAAAUCAAUUCGUCGAUUGAAUCUUUUUGAUCUUUCUGGAUCCUAUUUUGAUAGUGUUCAAUGUUCACUCUUGGCUGAUUCAUUACUUGGAUGUCAAUGUGAAGUUCUUAUUAUUGGUGUUGAACAUCGAACAAAUGCAUACUUUUUGAUCACUCACAUGCCCAAUCUUAGAGUGUUGAUAUUUCGAUGUCGAGAUGAUAAGUGGCAUGAGAAUAGAUCGUCGUCCACGAGAGAUGAGCUUCUUAGUUGGUUAAAGAACCGAUUGCCAUCUACAUGUUCGAUCAGCAAAAACGAAAAAGCUCCUUUCAAAAUUCGAGUAUGGAUUGGCUAA